GAACCGGAAAUUUCGUAAUGGUGCCGCCAUCUCUCCUGUGUCUUGUGGGUUGUUUUGUCAACAGGACUGAGGAAAUUCUCAUGUAUGAUGACCGCUUUUGCAAUGUUUGUUGUUAGGUACAGUCAGGUGGAGUGCGCCAAUGUCCAUGAUGUAAACCGUCAGCAUCGAUGAUCAGUUUGGUCGAAUUGAGAGUGGUUAUGGCUUCAGUCCAUAACGUAGGGUUAGUCACUUCCUCACAAUGGACGUAAUGCUGAGACGGCCGCUUACCCAAAGGUUCGCAGUCCGUUCUGCGAUUCUUUAAACAGUGAACUUUCUCAGGCCAGUGUGAAAUCAAGAGCGGUCAUGUUUCCGGGGUUCACGAAUUCCGUGCCCUCUCCUCGGGGUUCGCAGGGAACAGGUCCCUGGUUCCCUGAGCCUCCAUUCCCGGUGGGAAGAAGUGAACCAGAAGCACAGAACCAUCCUUACUGGUUACCUCACCAGUACCCUAGAGGUGGCAGGUACCAAAGCCCAGAACUGUAUUCCUCAACUGGGCCAAACCCCUGGUGGUUUGGGCACCCGUCGUCUGCCAGGCAGUACUUCCCACAUUCAUUUCCGGAGCGGAGCAACUACUUUGAACCAGCCCAGCAGCAGCAGCAGCAGCAACAACAACAACACUUCCCGAUGGCCACAGAACAAGCGGUUGGGUCACAAGACACAACUAACCAGCAUUUUGUGCCUAGCAACCCUGAUGUUUCGUCAUACUCUCUGGCACCCACACAGCACACUGUUUCUUACAGUGGUGGGGGAAACUUCCCCGUGAACGGUCUGCAAGAUAUGCAAGGUUACCCACCCUUCAACCAGGAACAUGUGCCAUACAAUGUUCCUCAAGGUGCACCUGUGCAAGGCUCAACUCAGCGUUUUAGCCAAGUGAACAAGGUGGCGGACACAGCAGUUGAAGAGAACAGUGGAUGGCAGCAGCCACAAUUUGUGCCACCAUCAAAUGAACCAAAGGAGCAAGCUCCCAAGGUUGAGGAACAAGGAGACAAAAAGCCAAAGGGAAAACGGAAGCGAGAAGAAGCCAAGAAGAAACCAGACGCACCACCUGACCCACUAAAACGGCUACAACGGAAAAAUAUUAGAGAUAUUAAGGAUGACAAGGAAUUGGAUGUGGUGACCCUCAAUGCUCAGAAGGAAGAGCAGGAACGUAUGCGACGCUUGCAGGAGGCCCGCUUGAGAGCCUUGCAGCAACAGGUGACACGGAUGCCCAGUAGUGGCAGCAGCAGCAGCAGUGAAGAAACUACCACAGAUUCCUCAGAAGAGGAGGAUGAGGAGCCCACUGUACCCUUGAGGGAAAUUGCUGAGAGCCGAGUGGUUCGGGAGCUGAAAACUCGAGCCCAGCAGGACGUAAUUGAUAUUUCGUCAGACGAAAGCAAAGCCCUUGGAGAUGAUGAUGAUGAUGAUGAUGACGUUGUCAUUGUGGGAAGUGAUGAGGAAGCAGAAAAUGAGCAGGAGAACAACAUAGAGGACGAAUCUCACAUGAAUGAUGCCAUCAACAUGCCAGAUGAACAGGGCCGGGUCCUCGUGAAUGUAGGCCACCCUCCAGAGGAGCCCGAUGUUUUCCUGGCACCCCAACUGGCUGGCAUAGUUAAGCCACACCAGAUAGGAGGCAUACGUUUCCUUUUUGACAACGUUGUGGAGAGCUUGGAUCGGUUCGACACUUCAAGUGGCUUUGGCUGCAUUCUAGCCCACAGCAUGGGGCUGGGUAAAACCUUGCAAGUAAUCUCAUUUGUGGACGUUCUCCUGCGACACACUGCGGCCAGGAAGGUGCUCUGCAUUAGCCCCAUCAACACCAUCCAGAAUUGGAUGGCAGAGUUUGACAAAUGGGUUCCUGCUCCAGAAGCAUUGGCUCAUGGGAGUGGAAUCAGGCCUCGUUCUUACAACGUAUAUGUACUCAAUGAUCUGUACCGCACCACCACAGCCAGAGCGGAGCUCAUAUUGGACUGGCACAAGAAAGGAGGAGCCCUCCUUAUGGGCUAUGAGAUGUAUCGCAUGCUGGCACUAAAAAAGACAAUCAAGCCCAACAAGAGGAGACGCAGUCCGAAGAAAGAAGAACCUGAGGAUGACACACGAAACAUACAGCUCCUUGAAGAUGUGUACCAGUCCCUUGUGAACCCUGGACCUGACCUAGUCAUCUGCGACGAAGGCCACCGCAUCAAGAACUGUAAUGCUAGUACAUCGUCGGCACUCAAGAGCAUCCGCACACGACGUCGGGUGGUGCUCACAGGAUACCCUUUGCAGAACAACCUGCUUGAGUACUGGUGCAUGGUGGACUUUGUACGUCCCUCGUAUUUAGGCACACGCUCUGAGUUCUGCAAUAUGUUUGAGCGACCCAUCCAGAAUGGCCAGUGCCUGGAUAGUACGCCCAAGGAUAGACAACUGAUGCGUUUCCGAGCACACGUAUUGCACAGUCUCCUGCAAGGCUUUGUGCAAAGGAGAGGCCAUGCUGUGUUGCGUGAUGUGCUUCCACGCAAAGAAGAACAUGUGCUGCUGAUCCGCAUGACCCCAAUUCAACGGACGCUCUAUAAGGAGUUUGUCAAGGAGUUCCUUCACAACUACAGGGUCGCCAACCCGCUUAAGUUCUUUGCCGUUUGCUGCAAGGUGUGGAACCACCCAGAUAUCCUCUACAACCUGGUACAGGAUAAAAAGAACGAGGGAUCUCUCGACAUCGACCUUGACAUUGACUUGGUCGGCCCUGCAGCCAAGGACUGCAAAAAGGCUCCUGCAGGCCCUGCAGACUCCGUAGUUGCGGAUCCUGGCACUGCUCCAGAGAGCAAUGGGCUCAUUGGAUUAUCUCCCCAAGAGGCUGCUGAGGCAGCAUCCAUCACAUCUAAGCUCCCAAAGUACAUGCAGGAACCUGGUUUUGUGCCCUUCAGGGAUAGAUCAGACAACACCAUCAGCUACGAGUGGGCAUACCCACUACUAGAAAAGUAUAUGCCUGGUCUCCUGGAGAAUAGUCACAAGUUCCAGGUUCUGAUGACCAUGAUUGAUCAAAUCCUUGGUGUGGGUGACAAACUUUUGGUGUUCAGCCAGUCUCUGUCCACGCUGGACCUGGUGGAACGCUUCUUGAAUCGUAGGGAAGUUCCCUUAAGACCAGGCCUAUCUCAUGGGGACAAGUGGGCCCGUGGACGAAACUACUUCCGGCUGGACGGGAGUACUUCGGCGCAGGAGCGGGAGAAACUUAUCAACGAGUACAACGGCAAUCCAUGUGUUUCUUUGUUCCUACUGUCAACACGUGCGGGUUGCUUGGGUAUCAACCUGACUGGGGCCAAUCGUAUUGUGGUGCUGGAUGCCUCGUGGAACCCUUGCCAUGAUGCCCAAGCGGUAUGCCGCAUCUACCGUUAUGGCCAGACCAAGCCUUGCCAUAUUUAUCGCCUCGUCUGUGACAAUUGCCUUGAGAAGCGCAUCUAUGACAGACAGAUCAACAAACAGGGGAUGUCAGACCGUGUCGUAGACGAGAUGAAUCCUGAAGCAAACCUGACCUGGAAAGAUGUGAGCACCCUGGUGCAAGACAAUGAAGACGACCCCCCUGUGCCAAACCUGGCUCACUUGGCAGGGAACUACACAGACUCUGUGCUACGUACUCUGACCGUAGAGUACGCGCACUGCCUCACCAGGGAACCCUUCGAGCACGAGUCUCUCCUGCUCGACCGUAAGGACAUGAAGCUAACAAAGUUUGAGAAGCGUUUGGCCAGGCAGAGCUACGAGCUAGCUAAACGUGCUUCACUCCAGGGAGGUCGAGCCCUGACAGCCAAUUUUGCUGCACACACCAAUGGGUACCAAACAUGGCAGAAUCGGCCAGGUAAUGUGACUUUUGUGGCACCUACCAAGAUGACCCCAUCUCCAAUGCGACCCCUCGAUGGCAACGUAAUGCAAGCCCUACUACGCCAGGGCAUGACUGUACAACGUAUGCGGAUCCCUGCCAAGGUCACCAUUCCGCUAAAGGACUCAGAUGACCCCCCAGUGGAAAUUGCCCCUGGAACAGAAAUUCUCGUGAUGAAGACCCCACGCGGUGUCUUCCUCCAGGUGCCUGAUGGACGCAUCAUUGCAGUGCGGAUUCCUCUCAACGAGACUCUACCCGUAGGACAGACAGGUGAAGGAACGAGUAGUGGCAGCAGUAACAAACAGUCCUUUGGGGUGGUGCAGCCAUCACUGCAGUGUGGUGGGAGGGUCCAGCUCUCAUCAGCACGACAGAACGAGAAGGCACCAGAGGUGAUCAACUUGGACGAUGACAGUGCGGAUGAUAGCGACGAGAGCAAAGGAGGAAACCCUAAGGAAGAGGCCACUAUUAGGGAGACUCUACCGACAGUUGCACCCUAAUUUAAGAUCAACAAACAUGUUUAAUGUUCCAUUUACCUUUGUCGUGGCAGUGAUGUACAAGAGUAGGCACUGUAUUAUAGGGACGGACCAAUGGUGAAACGACGUGGAAUGAAUUUGAGUAGCAUCGUGACCCACUGUGACUAUUGUGAACGACUGUACAUAUACCUGGACCGUCUCCUUGGGGGAACAAAUUGUGGCAUAUUUAUUCUUAACUGAUGUAGUGUGUAGCAAAUCUUGCAUAAGGAGGCGAGUUUCCUUCGAGUGGCCCCUCGUAAUGCGCUGUACAUAUUACACUGGUUCACAUUCCUUUCCCACACGUGGAUGUCUCUGUGGAUCAAACUUUGAUGCAUUAAAGGCCCAUGGUUUUACACAGUC